UAUUUGCUUUACAUAUUUCUCAUGAAUCGAUUGCAGUUCAAGCACAGGAAGUUAUGGUGGCUGUACUAUUUUUGCCUAGGGCUAAUGUUCACUGAAGGAGUGUCUCAUUAUUUCUCAACCGGUUCCUGUGGGGGCAGGGAUUAAACAAAGGCCUCCACACGGACUGGAGACAAACAGCAGAGUUUCAGUACGAAAUCACAACAUAUUUCCACAGAUAACCGACAUUCAGCUGCUAGUUCGCAGUGUCUCUUAUCAAAUUAAGCCUGUUUUUGAUCGAGUGAGGCCUAGUUGUGUCUCUCCCUCUCCCCUGUGCUCUUUCCCGCACUCACUGAUCCUGCAACGCUGAACAAAGAUGGUUACUCAGGAAGCGCCUCGGCCAAUCAGACGAGGCCUUACAUCCUGCGAGCCGGAGGGCAGCCAAUCAUGGCCCUGCUCUGAUCACACAGGCCUGAGCUCCGAGUGUGGAGAGGAGAGCCCUCCCUAGUCUACAGGCUGAGGCUGUCCUCCAUGUUUGAUAAGUGUUGACAUUACACUGUUUCAGCCAUGCAUCCACAGAGUUUGGCUGUGGAGGAAAUAAAGACGGAGUCUGAUGCUGUUGAUGGGAUGGAGGCGUCCAUGCCACCCAAAGCGGUCCCUGAUCUAGGAUCAGCAGAGCCGGUGUUGGCUCCGCAGAAGAGGAAAGCACCCAGUCCUCCACAUUCCUCAAACGGACACUCUCCUUCUGACACGUCACCCAGUCCCACAAAGAAGAAGAAGAAACCAGGAUUAGUCAACAACAGUAAAGACCAAUGUGAGCUUAGACAUGGUCCCUUUUACUAUGUCAAGCAGCCCGCACUCACCACAGACCCUGUUGAUGUUGUGCCGCAGGACGGGAGGAAUGACUUCUACUGCUGGGUGUGUCACCGCGAGGGUCAGGUGCUCUGCUGUGAGCUCUGCCCGCGCGUCUACCACGCCAAGUGCCUCAAACUGGCCGCAGAGCCUGAGGGCGACUGGUUCUGUCCAGAGUGCGAGAAAAUAACGGUGGCUGAGUGCAUCGAGACUCAGAGUAAAGCGAUGACCAUGCUGAACCUGGAGCAGCUGUCCUACCUGCUGAAGUUCGCUUUGCAGAAAAUGAAACAGCCAGGGACCGAACCGUUUCAGAAGCCGGUGUCACUUGAACAGCACCCGGAUUAUGCCGAGUAUAUAUUUCACCCCAUGGAUCUGUCCACUCUAGAGAAGAAUAUCAAGAAGAAAAUGUACGGUUGCACAGAAGCGUUUUUGGCCGACAUGAAGUGGAUUCUCCACAACUGUAUCAUAUAUAAUGGAGCAAACCAUAAGCUAACAGCAACUGCUAAAGUUAUCGUCAAGAUCUGUGAACACGAAAUGAAUGAGAUUGAGGUUUGUCCAGAGUGCUACCUGUCCGCCUGUCAGAAGAGGGACAACUGGUUCUGUGAACCUUGUUCUCAGCCUCAUCCUUUAGUGUGGGCCAAACUGAAAGGUUUCCCCUUCUGGCCCGCUAAAGCCUUGAGGGACAAGGACGGUCAGGUGGACGCACGCUUCUUUGGCCAGCAUGACAGAGCCUGGGUGCCCUUAAACAACUGUUACCUCAUGUCUAAGGAGAUCCCCUUCUCUGUGAAGAAGACCAAAAGCAUCUUCAACAGUGCCAUGCAGGAAAUGGAGGUCUACGUGGAGAACGUGCGCAAGAAAUACGGCGUGUUCAACUACGCCCCGUUCAGGACACCUUACACGCCCAACAACCAGUUCCAGAUGCUGCAGGACCCUAAUAACCCUAAAAAAGGCACGGUGAAGCCUGACAAACAGGACAAGGUCAAGUUCAGCUUUGACAUGACUGCAUCCCCAAAGAUGCACUUGAGUAAGACCGUGAUGUCAGGAGGACCGGGGCGCCGGGUGUCUGUGACAGACAUGCCCAGGUCACCAAUGAGCACCAACUCCUCAGUCCACACGGGGUCUGACCUCGAGCAGGACGAGCGAGGGCCGAGAGUGUCAUCCAGUCACUAUAGCGGCGGUGAAGACUCCAUGGAUUGCACAGCGUCUCCUGCGUCUGUGAAGACAAGCAACAGCCCCAAGCCUCUCCUGCCCACGCCGGUUAAACAGGAAAGGAGUUCAGGCACCGGAAGCAUACUUAACCUCAAUCUGGAUCGCAUUAAAGCUGAAAUGGACCUGAAGGAGUUGAGUGAGACUGUACAGCAACAACAACAACAGCAGCAGCAAGGGACGUCGGUUCUCCUCAGCUCUCCUAAAAAACCUACCAGGAGUUUGGAUAAAACUAUAGAGAGCUGCAAGGCUCAGCUGGGAAUCAAUGAGAUCUCCGAUGUCGUGUACUGCCGUGUUGAGCACAGUGACACAGACGAAUCUGACAAAUCUGACUCCAGCGACAGUGAAUACAUGUCUGAGGACGAACAGAAGCCCAAGGACACUAACCACAACAGCAGCGCCCACAGAGACUCCAAAAAGAGAGCCAGACCUCCAUCCGCUCAAGCACAAGAACAAGACACUGCCCCGUCAACAGCUGGAGGAACACCAGGUGGAGACCAGCAACCCUCAGAUCCCCAGACCAAAGAGAAGGUAAGCGGCGGCGUGGAGAAAGACUCCCAGGAGAAGAGCAAACCCGUGCAGCAGCCCCAGAAAGAGAGGACACAGCCUGGGCAGGACGCUCGGCCGGCUGGAUCAGAGCUGGAGGGGGACUCUGACUCUGAGCGGGAGCUGGUGAUAGACCUCGGGGAAGAACAGGGCGGGAGGGAAAAGAAGAAAGCCAAGCGAGAGACCCCAUCAGCCCCCAGCUCCACAACUAAAGAUCAGACCGGCAUUAAAACAGAUGGUAAAGCGUCUGCAUCUACCAGCAUAUCAGCUGCUUCUUCUACAGAUAACACUUCCAUCAAUCCUGGUCCAAAAGAUGCCGCCCCAUCAGCCAUCAAGCCUCCAGCCACCGUCCCAGCUGCAUCUACCACUCAAGCCACCUCCACCUCGGCUCUUCAGCCCGUGUCUGCUGUCCCUGUUGCUUCCAAUAUGGUGAAAAAACAGCGCCCUCUGCUGCCCAAGGAGAACACGCAGCCGGCCCAGCGUCCUGCGACCAGGAACCCGGCUGGCGGUAAAUGCCAGACGUCGUCUCAGAAGGUGCAGAGACAGCAACAACAACAAGUUGAGACGGCUCCUCAGAGCCAAGCGCAGCCCCAGACCUCAGCCAACAACUCCAGCACUCGCUACCAGACCAGACAGUCUGUCAAAGCUGUUCAACACAAAGAGCCCUCACCUGUUAACAUGGGCUCAGGUACGUCCACUUCCUGUCUGGCUGGGGACUUCCUCACCCCUCCGGCCUCCGCUGAUGUCGCCGCUGACAUCGCCAAGUACACCACUAAGAUGAUGGAUGUGAUCAAGGGAACGAUGACGGAGAUAUACAAUGAUCUCUCUAAGAGCACGACGGGGAACACCAUUGCAGAGAUCCGGCGGUUGCGGAUUGAGAUUGAGAAACUCCAGUGGCUGCAUCAGCAGGAGCUGUCAGAGAUGAAACAUAACCUCGAGCUGACCAUGGCUGAGAUGAGGCAGAGUCUGGAGCAGGAGAGAGAGCGGCUGGUGUCAGAGGUGAAGAAACAGAUGGAGAUGGAGAAACAGCAGGCGGUGGACGAGACCAAGAAGAAGCAGUGGUGUGCCAACUGCAAGAAAGAGGCCAUCUUCUACUGCUGCUGGAACACAAGUUACUGUGACUACCCCUGCCAGCAGGCACACUGGCCCGAACACAUGAAAUCCUGCACCCAGUCAGAGUGUGCCACUUUUACCAAAAGACUAGAAGAGAGAAGAAAUGACAGGGAUCAAGAAGUCUUACAGGCCAGAUUCAAACUUUUAUUGCCCAAAUUAGCACCAAAGCUCAGUGUGCCAGUAUGUACCAAAUGCAAGACCACAACUCUGAAUGGCUAUGUUCAGAAUAGGAAAUGUGUAUACUAAAGUGUGUAUACUGUGCACAGUAUGCGAUUUUUGUAAACGUGGAAUAUAUUUGAAUAUAUUAUAUACAUAUUGUGGUACACAGGCUUUCAAGAUCAAUGACAGCUGAUCAACAAUUUCAGCAGUAGACUAGACGGGGGUGGGUUAAAUUCGGAGCAAAUUUCCCUACACGGAUCAGUAAACGUAAUCCACCAAUACAUGUUUCACUGUGAACAUCAUGUCAUUUUAAAAUGAUGAUGUGCCCACAGCAGCAAAACCGUACACAUGCUGGAAAUCCAACCACCACGUACACUUCCAUAACAAUGUGCAUGAAUCAAUACUCCUCGAAUAUUAAAGCACUCACCUGUCACUUGGAAAUAAAGUCAUUCCAUGUCCCUUUACUCGUAUUAAAAAGUAAACCUGGCCUUAUAACUAGUUUUGCUCGGUGCUAGAUGUUAGUCACUCAUACAUACAAUCUUUUAAAUGGUGCACAAAACCUUUGUUAGCGAAUUCAGUUUGAGUAGUUUAUCCUUUCUCAGUUAUUCCUCUUUUGUCUGCAAAAGAGCGCCUUGAAAAAGGCAUUCAGUAGAUCAACAACAAGAUCUGAUGUAGGUGACUGCGGCUGUCAUUUUCUUUUCGUUUAAUGUCACUUUCAUACCUGGGAAAUUCCUAACUAAACGCAUUUAAUGCAAUUGCCAAAUUGGGGUAUAUUAACACUGUAACCAGGUUGUUUUUCAUGUCUGCUGGUUGAAUCGACCUCAAUAAGGUGACAUUUAGCCCCUGGAAUGUGAAUUUUAACGGGGGACACCUCGAAACGUGAUUGGAAUGGGUUUUGUUAAAAAAAACGUGCUGUCAUUGAACAUUUGAUCAGGCAGUAUGCAGUGUACACAAGUGUGUUGUAAGAUAGCAUUCCAUUCUGAACAUAGCCACUCUCAGUUUCCUUUUGCAUUUAUUUCUGAAAAGCAAUUGUGUUAAUAAUUUUCUCUCUUUUUUUAUCA